AUGGCAUCUAUGAAGGCUCUCGUAUAUAACGGACCACAUUCAAAGAAAUGGACUGAUGUUCCAAAGCCCAAAAUAUUAAAACCUACUGAUGCUAUUGUCAAAGUAACUGCUACUACAAUUUGCGGUACUGAUUUGCACAUUCUAAAGGGAGAUGUACCAGAAGUCAGUAAGGGUCGGAUUCUAGGACAUGAAGGAAUUGGCAUUAUUGACUCAGUGGGUGAAUCGGUAGCAUCGUUCAAAAAAGGUGAUCGUGUGCUUAUGUCUUGUAUCACGUCUUGUGGAUCAUGUGUUUAUUGCUCGAGAAACCUGCAAUCACAUUGUUUGGAUGGUGGUUGGAUUUUGGGACAUUUAAUUGAUGGUACUCAGGCAGAGUAUGUACGCAUCCCGUUUGCAGACAAUUCUUUGUAUAGCAUUCCAAAAAAGUUGAAAGACGAGUCAGUUCUAUGUCUCAGUGACGCUUUGCCAACCGGUUAUGAAGUUGGUGUAUUAGCAGCCAAUGUACAGCCCGGCGACACUGUUGCGAUUAUUGGAGCGGGUCCAGUUGGCCUAUCAGUAUUGAUGACCACACAAUUUUUUUCCCCUGCCAUUAUUAUUAUGAUUGAUACAGACGACAUGAGAUUAGAGGCCUCCAAGGAAUUGGGUGCUACCCACACCAUCAACCCAACAAAAUUAAAAUCAUCUUCGACAACUAAUACAUCUAGUGCUCUUUUGGAUGCGAUCUCUGCUAUUAAGGCAGAAGUUGAUGGUCCUGACGUACCUGCUAAUCAACAGGCUAAGCCAGGAGUAGAUGUUGCUAUCGAGUGUGUUGGAAUUCCUCAGACUUUUGAUACCUGUCAGCAAAUCAUUGCUCCUGGUGGGCGUAUAGCCAAUGUUGGUGUUCACGGUAGCAAGGUAGACCUUCAAUUGCAAGAUCUAUGGAUUAAGAAUAUCCAGAUUUCCACUGGGCUGGUUUCUGCCAAUACCACUCGAGCUCUUCUCAAAAGCGUUCAAAGCAAUAAGAUCAAACCAGAUCUGCUAGUGACACAUAAGUUUAAUCUAAGCGACAUUGAGAGAGCCUAUGAGGUUUUUGGUCGGGCAGCAGAAGAGAAGGCCAUUAAAGUUUUACUGCAAGUAGAUGACUAA